AGUAGCCGACCCAAACCUACUCACCUGGAAAGUUCUGGGUUUUACAAAAUUGUCAAGAAGUCACCAAGGUGCCUAAAUAUCCAAUCCGUUUACCAAAACACCCUUUCUGGAAACCAAAUGCAGUCGGGGCUUCCUUAAUCUCGAAGACAACAGAUAUUGAUUUCUUCUUAUAAGAAGAGAAGUCUCUAAUUUUUUUAAAGGAGAAAGCAUUAGCAACACCCACAAAGCAAUUCUCAAGUUAUAGUAUCUUAUACCUUUCUUUCAAUCAGAUCAUGGCAGGGACACCUGAAGAGAAACAACAUGUCCAACCUCCUUCAUCAACAACUCCCAUUGCCGCACCAAAAUCUGAUGAGGAAGCAAAGAAAUGGGGUACCGAUAUCAUGGGACCUCCAGCAGUUCCUAGUGCUCACCCGGAUAACCAGAAGGCAGCCUCAUGGAAUGCAAAUGAACACCAGCAAAUCUAUCAGCAGCAGCCUUAUGUUAUUUAUGCCCCUGUAGAAAAACAUUCAAAUAAUCCUCUUGAGCCUGUGAUUAACAUCUUUGAUACCUGGAGCAAGAAGGCGGAGUCCCUGGCUCGAGACAUCUGGCAUAAUCUGAAAACAGGACCGUCUGUAACAGAAGUUGCAUGGGGGAAAGUAAACCUGACAGCAAAAGCAAUCACAGAGGGUGGAUUUGAGUCUCUAUUCAGGCAGACUUUUGAAACUGAUCCUAAUGAGAAACUGAAGAAGACAUUCGCAUGUUACCUUUCAACAACAACAGGCCCUGUUGCUGGAACCUUGUAUCUAUCCACUGCUCGUGUGGCUUUCUGUAGUGAUCGGCCUUUAUUCUUCACUGCUCCAUCGGGUCAACGGGCUUGGAGCUACUACAAGGUUAACAUACCAUUGGCAGUUAUAGAGACUGUGAACCCUGUGAUCAAGAAAGAGAAUCCAUCAGAGAAGUAUAUUCAGAUUGUGACUGUUGAUAGACAUGAAUUCUGGUUCAUGGGUUUUGUUAAUUUUGAGAAAGCAUCUCAUCAUCUCUUGGAAAGUUUGUCCAAUUCCAGGGCACAUGGUGGUGCAGCACAACCAGUUGCUGGCUAGUACUGAUGAAAUGCAUUCCGUUGGAUGCCUGGAGAAAUUUUGUUUCUUUUGUUUGUUUUCACUUUUUGUGGAUUUCUUAGUCUUCCUCUGUUCAUGUUUGUUCUACUAUUCAUUUUGUAUUUGCUCUUAGCUUUCCUACUUCACACAGUUUUAUCUAUUUAUGUGUAUUAUUAUAAACAAUUUAAUAGAAGUAAAAAUUAAUCUUUUGUUGUC